GAUCGUCCCUGCCUGCCUGUCGCGCCCUCACACUUCCCUGGCCUCAUGCUGAAGCUGUAACAACACAGAGUACCCAGCCCUAUCCAGAACCACACAGGAGCGAGAAGGCGGGGGCAGGCUGUGUGGGUCUGAGGGUGGCGACGGCAGUGUUUUGGAAAAGGGGGGUGAAGGUGUCCCUGAGUGGUAGUGGGAGCUCUGUGCUGUGGGACAGUGUGUUCCAUCUGUGUUAGACACACCCGGUGGGGAAUCCUGGACGCGCAGAGUAAGAGGAGGAGAAUUGCUCUGUGAUGACUCACCCCUCCCCCUCCUCCUCCCUCGCCGGCCCUGGUUGAGUGACAUCACCCCCCCAUCUCUGACGUUGCUGCUAUCCCACGCUGCACUGGGCUCCUUCUGAUUCACUGCACUGCUCUGCCAACAAAGCCGUUGUCUAGCAACGCUGACGAGCGCCUGACUCACACAGUGACUGAGCCGCGGCAUUGUUCACAGAGGCCGGCAGCUGCUUUGCGCAGAGACAGGGUGGGCAGUGAGGAGAGGAUGUGCGGCUCGCACUGCGCAGGGUGUGGAGGGAACUAAGAAGAAACGGUGCUGUGGGUGGGCGUGCUGGUGGUGGGUAGUAUGGACGCCCACCCCAGCCGGUACUGUGCCACAGUGCGAGUGCAGCGUCCCCGGCAGGAGAUCAUAGAGGACCUUUCCUAUAUGGUUCGGGAGCUGCUGAUCCAGUUCUACAAGUCGACUCGCUUCAAGCCCACCCGGAUCAUCUUCUAUCGGGACGGGGUGCCGGAAGGACAGCUGCCCCAGAUCCUCCACUACGAGCUGCUGGCCAUCCGGGAUGCCUGCAUCAAGCUGGAGAAGGACUACCAGCCCGGCAUCACCUACAUCGUGGUGCAGAAGAGACACCACACCCGGCUCUUCUGCGCCGACAAGGCUGAGCGGAUCGGGAAGAGUGGGAACAUUCCUGCGGGCACCACCGUGGACACCAGCAUCACCCACCCCUUCGAGUUCGACUUCUAUCUGUGCAGCCACGCUGGCAUUCAGGGUACCAGCCGCCCCUCACACUACUACGUCCUCUGGGACGAUAAUCGCUUCACGGCGGAUGAACUGCAGAUUCUCACCUACCAGCUGUGCCACACCUAUGUGCGCUGCACGCGCUCCGUCUCCAUCCCUGCGCCCGCCUACUACGCGCGGCUGGUGGCAUUCCGCGCCCGCUACCACCUGGUGGACAAGGAGCACGACAGUGGGGAGGGAAGCCACAUCUCCGGCCAGAGUAACGGUCGGGACCCCCAGGCCCUGGCCAAAGCCGUGCAGGUUCACCAGGACACCCUGCGGACCAUGUACUUCGCCUGAGCCGCGCCCUCCCAGCACACCUCACGGACCUCACUGAGCCAGAGCGGCCCGAACCCAGGGCCGUCCUCCUGAAGCACAGACUGCUGCGAGCAGCUGGACGUGGCUCCGCACUCACCAGGAAACUGUUUCUAAGACUCCGGGAUUUUAUUUUUUUUAUAUAUAUUAUAUAUAGAAGUAUAUAUAUUUACACUUCCGAGUAUGUAUGCAAUACUGAGGAAAGGAGCUGAGGUCCUUGACUGCCCACACAUGCUGCCUCUGUCUGUGGACUCGCCUCCCACAGACAGCCCGUAGAGUUAGAUCUGCAACGUGUUGAGGAAGUUUUUUUUACUGAAAAAAACUUUCCUUAUGUUUUUAUCCUUUUGUUAUUGUUUUAAAAUGUUUAUUUUUACCCAAGGUAAGGUACAAUAGCACUUGCUUGUCUUAGGCCUGCUAGGCUGUGUGUUCGCAGGGAGAGGAGGGAGGGCCGUAGGUCAGCGUGCUGUCGAUUGGAGAGUGCCUUACCACAGUGCUGGGACGAGGAGAAGCAGCUGCCCGUAUGGACACACUGGUGCCAGGGCCCACCUGGGGUGCUGGGACUCCUGACUCUCCCUCUGAUUUGCCUGUCCCUGCUGCUCCGGAGCAAACAAACCGGUCUGCACAGGAGGGAGAGGUCAGCAGAGACCUGGAUGAGCUAUGUGUGCUCGCUAGCUCUGUGGAGCUGUGGAGGAAAGCCCAAUGUGAACUGAGCUGUGGGUUCAAGACCUCGCAGGGCCUGCAUCUUCAGCAAGUCCAUCAUUUCAUCUGUCCACGUUCAGUCUCCUUCUCUGUCGUCACUCAGCUUUGUGCAGCGAUUCACCAGCCGGGAGCACGGUGGCUGUGGGACUGUACACAGACGCAGGCCACGCGGCAGCGUCCUCUCGAGCAGCAGCUUGGCUUCUGAAGACAGCUGAGCAACACUUCUAUGCAUGUCCACAGGGCACACGGGUUACAACAACGCUGACGGCGCACACUCCUCUGUUCUUCCUCGCACGCUGGUCUCGCCUGUCGAGGGCUCUCUGCGUGCCCUGCCAGACCCCUGGCACAGCGACAGUCUCUCCUCUCCGCGGCAGCUCUAUUGCGCCCCGCAGGGGGCAGAGAGAGCCAGGCUGUUGCUCUUGGCUGCAGCUGCCCCCUAGAGAGAGAGGGAGCAUCGUCUGUUGUCCAGCAGCUGGAGGUGUGCUGCAGUGCACGAUGUUGACCCAGGGCAGCUUGACUCAUAAUUACAGUGUUCUGGGCCCAGUAUAGACCCUCAGACAAGGACUCGUGUUUUCCAAGCGGUUUUGACAAAUUCCAUCCCUGUUACUGGUCCCUGUGUCUCACUGAAGCCCCAGGUGCUUUUUUUUGUUCAGUAGCAUCAAUUACUAUGUAAAUAAUGAAAUACAGGACCCUGCCUGCCUAUGUUUAGAUUUAAAAUAUUGUCAAAACUUCUCAGAAUGCACAGAUGUGGUUCUUAGUCUGACGGCAUAAUUUGCUCAGUUUGAACAUCGGUGAAUAGCGACAGACGCCCUGCCUGCAGUAUCACCUGGUCUCCUCCGGGGGAGCCCCUGACCUCUUACCCAGCUAUGCAGAGAUGCAGAGAUGCACUGUGCACUUCUUCGCCCAGAGCUUGGACAUCUCUUUCGCUGCUCCCUCAGCUCAGGCCCCAGCUGCUCGGGGUCAGUGCGGGACGGGGGAGUGGCCGAAGGGGAGAGACGAGAGCCGUGUCGCAGACCGGUGCCAGGAUGUGUGCGAGCGCAGAGUCCAGGCUGAAUCAGCAAUAUGCCACUGCGGACUGUAGUCCAGAUAUAGCACUUCCGAACAGAACCGAUAGGGAAUAUGGAAACUAGUUCUCAUGGGUCAGUAUUAAAUAGUGUGAAAUGUUCUGGUUAUUUUUUGAAUAAAAUGUGUGUUUUUAUUAUG